CGAGUAUGGCAUGUCGCGUCUGAUUUCUGUUUUUGCAGAUCGUACCUCAGUUUCAAAAAGUGCGAAACACGACUAUGCUGCUUUCCUGUUAAUCGGUAAUAUCCAUUGGCUGCUCUAUCAUGCACAAACGCUACGUCAUUGGUCACGCUCCAUGUCGCUCUCUCGAGCAUUUUGGUAUACAAGUACUGCCAACAUCUCCGAACGCCGAGCGUUAAACUCACAUAUCUAUCGACCGAUUCUUACUACGUUUUUACUUUUUACCGUGCAACAGCGCUUCUAUCCUUGCCCCAGAUCCACCUAAUCUCGCCGAGAAUUAUCCCGCGCCAAUGACGCACUCUGACAUCGAAAACCGGGGCGGCGACGAGCGAACCCCAAUCCUCGGAGAACACUCGAACAGCCAACCUAACAAGGACAAGCAAGAGACGGGAUCCUUUAGCAAGGCCUUUCAUUUCUUUGGUGGGGGCAUCUAUGCACCGGACGUGUCGACAUACGAGCCAAUUGAGAUUCUUUUGAAUGCAGAAAGCGUGGAAGAGAGGGACAGGUUAACCGAACGAUGGAAAGACACUAGGAUCAAUGAGUUGAAUUUUGUGGGCGUGGUGGCAGCCCUCCUAGCUGGAGUCCUAACAUCCACCGGUUCCUGGCCAGAUAUUCUCCCAGGCAGCCAGAAGUCUCCUUGGCCAGUCCGAACAUCUUGGUACUGCGGCAUUAUUCUAUCUCUGUUUAGCAUAUUAACAGCAGCCGACCAGUCCGUCCGCUUGUACAGAUUAUCUUCGCAUCGAGAUGGCUACCAUAAGAUCCGCAAGCUUCUCGCGAAGUCUAAACACGCCAAGCGGGGCAAGAUCCAGAUCAGCAAAGCGCAAAUAUAUACCUGGCAGAUGCCUGUGAUGUUCCUUACGACUGCAACGAUUUGUAUGAUUGUGGGCAUGUUCCUGCAUGUUUGGUCUGCUACCAGGCAUUUGUCGCAUGGGGAUUUGUGGAAUGCUGACUUUAAGGUCGCCAUUACAUUCUCGAUUGUGGCUUUGGUUAGCAUCAUCUUUUUCUUUUUGGGCCAAUUGACAUUAUACGUCUCGCCCGAUGAUAUCGACUGAUUGUCGGCGCUCGAAGACGAUGCUUGGAAGGCAUGUCAUGCUUUCCUUUACGGAAUAGGAUGUCAGUCCGUUAGGUCAGAGAUGUAUAUGAAUUCAUCGCAUUCAGUAUCUAAGCAAGAAUUCAUUGUAUCGUUUCCUGCGUUUUCGCGUAUGCUCAUCUGCAAAUCAUAAACACAUUCCAACUUGUUCCAGCUCUCCCAAUAUCGCAUGCCGACUGACUCCCCUUCGAACAAACACCUUACACAUACUCCAUUCUUCCCUGUUUCAAAGUCAAUUCGUUGGAAAGGCAGAGAUCCACCAGUCGCUAAAGCUAGUUUCCGUACCCCUCAGCUCUCGUAUCCCUCAUUUCCUA